UUGAGUCGUUAACAGACGUGGAGUUCAGAGAGAGUCAGUUUACAGAUUAUUACAGCAACGCCUCCUUAUCAGAAAAAUUAUAUGAGCCGCAGCUUUAACUAAUGGAGCCUUUUCUGUUAAACUUUCUCCACCUGGCGACGUAAUCACUAAAGCGGCUUCCGGGUUUUUACAAUGACAGCGUAACGCGAUGAUGCCUCAGUGAAAAACCCCCUACAGGAGCUUCCUCAUCGGUCGCGUUGCAAAGGACACACCGGUGAGAUCAGCCGCUGCAGAGACGUGAUUUGAUGUGAGACCGUCCGAUUGACGAGGAUGGCUGAACACGUGUCGCCUGUGCCCGUCCUGCCGCUGGUCAUCAGCUGUUUUAUGUCAAUCCUGGGCUGCCUGGCGACCCUCAAGCUCAUCCCUGCCUUCAAAGACCACUUCAUCUCAGCCAGACUCUACGGGAUGGACCUGAACAAGACGAGCAAAAAACAAGUCCCAGAGUCCCAGGGAGUGAUCAGCGGUACCGUCUUCCUCAUCAUCCUCUUCUGCUUCAUCCCAGUGCCUUUCCUCAGCUGCUUUGUGGGCGAUCAGUGCACGGGCUUCCCACAUGAUGAGUUUGUACAACUGAUCGGUGCACUUCUGGCCAUCUGCUGCAUGAUCUUUUUGGGCUUCGCUGACGACGUGCUGAACCUGCGUUGGAGGCACAAGCUCCUGCUUCCUACCAUGGCUUCUCUGCCGCUGCUCAUGGUCUACUUCACAAACUUUGGCAACACGGUCAUAGUGGUGCCCAAGCCCUUCAGAGUGCUGCUCGGGAUGCACCUGGACCUGGGUAUCCUCUAUUACGUCUACAUGGGAAUGCUCGCGGUGUUCUGCACCAACGCCAUCAACAUCCUAGCCGGCAUCAACGGCAUCGAGUCGGGUCAGGCCCUGUUUAUCUCGGGCUCCAUCAUCGCCUUCAACCUGCUGGAGCUCAGUGGAGAUUACCGAGAUGACCACGUCUUCUCGCUCUACUUCAUGAUACCGUUCUUCUUCACCACAUUGGCGCUUUUUUACCACAAUUGGUAUCCGUCGUCGGUGUUUGUGGGAGACACGUUCUGCUACUUCGCCGGGAUGACCUUCGCUGUGGUUGGCAUCCUGGGACACUUCAGCAAGACCAUGCUGCUGUUCUUCAUUCCCCAAGUGGUGAACUUCAUCUACUCGUUACCUCAGCUCUUUCACAUUAUCCCCUGUCCCAGACACAGGCUCCCCAGGCUGAAUCCUGACACUGGCAAACUGGGGAUGAGCUACUCUAAAUUUAAAAUGAAAGACCUCUCACAACUUGGAAGACUCAUUUUGCAGGUAGCAGAGUUAUUAAAGGUGCUCGAGGUGCGGCGAGGCCAGGACGGAGACGGAGAUUUCAUCGAGUGCAACAACAUGACUUUAAUCAACCUCGUACUGAAAUUCUUCGGGCCGAUCCACGAGAGAAACCUCACAGUCAUCAUGCUCGUCAUUCAGGUGAUGGGCAGCGCAUUGGCUUUUGGGAUUCGUUAUCAUCUGGUGCGUCUCUUCUAUGACGUCUAGACGCCUCCGUUUCAAAGCCAAGAAAACCUCAUAUUUUUGUGGAAAUACCUUACAGGCCUGUCCGUCAGGGAGGUUGCCACCUAAGAGCCAAAACACUAAAUUAAAACCUAUAUUUCAGGCAUCUCAACAGCUGGACUGAAUUCCACCAGAAAAUAAAACUGGUUGUUUAAUUUAUUGCAAAAAUCCUUUAAGUAUAUAUUUGUACUUUUUUUUUUUUUUUUUUUUUUUU